AUGUGGCGCACUUUGCGCUUGGUGGUAGGGCUACUGGCUGUGCAACAAGCUCCCGGUUGGUGGGGUGAGGCCAAACGUGAUGUUCCUAGGCCCCCUGCCUUCAGCACAGAACCGAGGGCUUAUAUGCGAUGGGUCUACAACCAGACCGUCAACGGCACUUGGCUUCCAGAGGACUUUUGGGAUUUGACCCCGAAGAGCUGGGAUGGGUGGCUGUGGAUGGCAUGUGACGCAAUCUUCAGCACUCUGGGAUGGUUGAUUUUCGGAAGAAGCUGGGACCAGGUUCGCGGCGGUUUUUCUGUCAUCAUCCGGCUAAGUGUUUUACUGUUUGUUUGCGUCAUCAUCCACUACAUUCUGGCUUUGUGCUGGCCGGUGAUCUCUCUGUUGAUGGGAAUUGCGUUGACCCUGGUCUGGUUAGUUCGAACUACCUUGAAGUGCUGCGGGCGAGUGAUGUUCGUCACCCAGCGCUUGACGGGGGGCGUGCCGGAAGCGGUGGAUGCCUCGUUUUUCGGGCCAGAGCUGGGCGAGGUUCCAGAGACCAGUGAGCUCAGGAAGCUGAAGCGUAGUGGAGAGGGCGAACGAUGGGUGCUACUCCGUAGGGAGGGUCGCACGGUCAUCUUCAAGGUUCAGGAGACAUCCAGCAUAAAGGCUUCUGGCUUGUACGUCACCAUAGAGCCCAACACGAUGCGUGGUGAUCAGGAUCUGCUGGCUUCAUUGCAGGGCUACGACAAGGUGCACAUCUGUCGGCAUGAGUCGUGCAACGAGGAGGGACCCCACUUCAAGCAGUACGCCGUGGGCAAGGUAUUCAAUGCUGAAGGGUUCCAACUGGCAGCUGCCUCUGAUCAGGCCAAACGGGCCAGCUACCAGAUGUGGGGAUGGUUCAGGACCGGGGCUGGACGUGCAGUGCAGAAGGCUCGUGAUCUGGCUUCUGAAUCCGAAACUGAGGAAGUGCGAUGUUUGGCUGGGCGAAUUCACUGGGAGGACGAGCACGGCCACCAGCGUCUGUGCAACGAAGUUUGUACAGCUAGUGGUAGUGUAGAGUCUCAGCUCCUGGAGGAAGAUUUGCCGGUAGGCCUAGCUAGGUGUACUCUGUGCCCCAAACACGCUACUAAGUAUCUCCAGGGUCGGUUCCAACUUAAGUGCGUAGUUGCAAACUGCACCAGAGUGGGUCUCAGUGAGGGUACGUCGGGCCUACGUUUGUGCACUGCUCAUGCUGAAGUUCAUCGACCCACGAGCUCCAGGAGGUCUUCACGGUCGAGGUCGAGGGUCCGAGAGCGAGGAGACUAUGACCCGGAAGAUGAGGAUCAUGGUGGAGGUGGUCUACGUCGUCGAGUACGUCAUGAUUCAGGACAAGUUCGAGGCGAAGAACAUGUGGCAGAGCAGAUGGUCGAGGAGAUGAGGAGUAUGGGAGAAACUCCCGAACCCCGUACCCGGAGGGCUUCGAUGAGUGAUGCAUCGCCAGGAAGGACGCCGAGAUCAGCGGUGCAGAGAAAUCUGGCGAAGCUUGGAAUGAUCAAUUCACCUGACCGUAGGGAGAUGUUGUCAACGUUGGAGGAGUUCUUGGCGCAGCUGUUGGAGGCCAAAGAGAUGGGCAUCGAUGAAGAGGACUUGAGGAGUCAGAUGGCGGCAUCUGCGGGGGUCAAUCUCAGGGACUUCACCAAGACGUUGUAUGACCAGGCAGUGGAGGAACAAAGGAAAGGUACAAAAGGGCUCACGAAAUUUCUGGCAAAGUGGAGGAAGCAGUUGGCAGCCGAGCCUACGCCGACUUCAAGUGCAAGCUGGAGUUUAGUGGGAAGUCCGGGUGAGGAGCAGUCAGUAUCAACGCCGGACAUGCAGAAAGCGGCGAAAGGUGAACCCACGUUGGUGAAGCUGGGCCCUCCUGGAAUCUAUGGUGUAGAUGAUCGGAAGGCAGGUGCCGGAGGACCUCCCAAUGACCAUGCAAUGCUGGACUUGGCGAAGGCUAUUCAGAAUCAGACGACGGAGUUGGCAUCGCUGGUGAAAUCCCAGAAUGACACGGCGGCCAACGCUACGGCAGGAACUAUGAGAUCGCUGGGGAAGCAGUCUGAGGAGCUGGUCUUCUUAUUGCGUGCAUGUGGACAAUACACAGUGGAAGUGGGAGCGAAUGAGUACGGCACGGCAGGAGCUUCCACGAGACUGAGAAAUGCUGGCUUCAGACAGAAAGUGACACCCCGCUUAGCUGUGGGGCUGGCCGGACCCUUCUGGGGCACGCAAGAGAAGCACGCCCUUUCUGCCGCUGACUUCAUACCCUGUUCGGAUGCAGAGUUGGAUCAACAUGCGGUGGAGUGCAGGACAGGCAAGCCGGUCAACGAGCAGAGACCCCCAGCCCCCACUCGCUAUGAAGACUGGGCCAACAGGGUGAGGCGGCAGACGGAUGUGUGGGCGCUGGUCUAUGGGAAGGAGUGGAAGGCCGUCAAGGAGCACGCCGCGCAGUUGUUGGGCGAGUGGCAUCUUGGAGCUCCUCAUCGGUGGCCGCUGCAGAUUGUGUGCGAUGUGUGGGAGGAAUCGCACUGGCGAUUCGUGGAGGAGCUGAAGGCAGAGCUGAGGAAGAUCAAAGGGAUCAGCGGCAGAGAGACCAUGACUUUGGCGGACCUCAAGUUCUACGCCUUGAUGCCGGACGAGCAUGGUAACCCGCCAUUGCAGAUUCCUCGGACGUUCGACCUGCACCACCCGGAAGGAUGGUUUGCCACGGAGGUGAUGCCCAGGAUCGAGAGGAGGCAGGAGAGAAUGUUGUGGAGGCUUACAUGGGAAGGAGCGGCCAAACCUCGAGGAGCAGGUCAACCAGCAGGGGGUAGUGAUGGCAAGACAGAGGACAAGAUCACGCUGAAAACCCUUUUGGGCCCCAAGCUCACUCCGGAGGAGGUCAAUCGGGCCAAAGACCGCGCCCCAGUAGGGAAGGAUGGCAAGCUGCUUUGCUGGGGUUUUCUAUCUCAUCUUGGGUGCAGUCAGUCCAAUUGCCAACGAGCUCAUGAACAUCUUCGAGGAACCUUCGAGGCCUUGGACCCCACGGUUCAGAUGCAACUCAUCCGACGAGGAGGUUUGAGAAGGAUGAAGAUGGAGAACAAGGACACGGCGGUCGAGAAGAUCAAGGCCCUGAGGCAGAGCGUUGCUCAGGACAAAAAUGCAAAGAUACAAGAUGGGCAAGCCCGACGCAAAGCAGGUCAGGAGAUCACCAUUGAGGAGGUGCCGUCCGAUGCUGAGGUUGCAGGGGCGAAACGUGCAGGCGGGGUGACGUGGCAUGCUCCGAUUGAAAUGGUGGAGGUGGACUACACGGCACAAGAGAAGGAGUUUGCGGACCUGGUUCAAGGCCCCCCUCGCGACACCUUUCAACAUGUACCCCGAGAAGGCAAGGCCCAUGAAGGCAGAGGAGGUCGGUCAGCACCAGGGUAUGCCCAGGAAUUGCUGAAGAAGGCGCAGAGUUUGGCCGAGGGCCCAGUCCUGGGGAAGCUCCACACGGCCUCCGAUGACCUCUACGCUUGGGCCGCGACUCGGGUCGCCAACGACCCAGGCAUCACCCUGGAAGCUCUGCUGGAGGACAUGGUGCAGUUCGGCUUGGGGGAGCUGGCGGCAGAGGCGGCGAAGAUCUUGGAGGAGCAUGGUGAGGACAAAGCAGGGAGUCACCGGCGUUGCAUGGUGCAAGAUACAGUGUGGAGUGGCGAUGGUCCGGGAAAAGCAUUGGUGGAGAUUGACGGCAAGGUCUGGACGUCCUAUGACUAUCGCGAGGAGGUGCAGAUGACUGAGGAGUUGGCCGGCCUACUAGGGGUGGUAGUACCCGAGGUGGAGAAGAGGCAGUGUGUCACGAAGGUGUUGGCGGCAGGCUUCCUACGAUCGGCCAACAAGGAGGGUGCAGUCCCUGGCAUGGAGAAGGUGGAAGAGAUGGCUCAGCGUUUUCGUUUGGAGCAGGCAAGGUUGGCGGUGGAGGCCGAGGGCACCAUGGGACAUUCAGAGGCACGGGUCACGGCGGUCGAGCACGAGUUGAGGAUGUACACCCAUGACAUCUUGAAGCCCCACCACGACAAAGAUUACAGGGCACUGGCAGCGUACCGAGUGGUGGUGCUUCGGGUUGACUAUAAGGGAGACUAUGUCCCGGAGGUGGUUCAAGGAGCGCACUGGAAGGCAGGCCAGCCAGAAAUCUGGGCGAUGAUUUGGAGGGGCCACAUGACGCUUUUGGAACCGCUGGAAGUGGAGAGUCAAGCAGAGGUUUUGUCCAAGUUUGAUGUGUACACAACUCCAAGUUUGGGCUUCCGCUAUUUCUGGCAUCAACGUCAUGACCAACCACGUUCCGCACCGGGAAUUUUAGCAUGCAGACACUGCAAGCCGGUCAAGAAGGCGGGAGCGAUGGAGACCCCUAUGGUGCUGAGAAAGGAGUCUUGCCUGGCUGCUGUGGCAAUUUGUGCGGCAGGAGGCCGUCAAGAGGUGUAUCAUGUACGGCCUGCCAAACGAGCUACGGACCCAUCGGGGCUGUGCAUGCGAGAGUACUUUGCAGGCCAUGGGGUGAUCACCGAGGGAUGGCUGAGGAGCGGAGGCACUGCUUUGGAGCCCGUGGAGUUCUACACAGAUCCCCAUCGUCGACAAGGCCCUCGACCUGAACAUGACCUAUCACAACCACAUGUGCAAGCGAAGUAUUUCCAAGAGGUGGAGGCCGACGACACGAAUGUGGAAUGGCUGGCGUGUCCGUGCACAACCUUUUGUGAUUGGAAUCUGCAGAACAAUGGUACCAGGACCUUUCAGAAUCCAAUGGGUGCCCCCAAUGAAAAGGAGGACAUGGGCAAUAAGUUGGCCAUCUUUGAGGCCCAACUGUUUGAGAAGGCACUGGACCGAGGUCAUUUUCCUAUUGCGGAGAGCUCUGGGCGGUCGGGCAGGUACCCCAAGAUGUGGCACUUACCGUGCUGGCAAAAGAUCCUUCAACGACCGGAUGUUGACUUUUUGGAGGUGGACAUGUGUGCCUAUGGGCUAGCGCCUCUUGAUGCACAGCAUCCGGAUCAGUUUUACAAGCACCGCACUGGGUUGGCCUUUCCGAGACAUCCGGCAUUUCGGCAAGCUUUGUUUCGGUUGUGCCCGGGUUUGUCGCCUACCCAUCAACACGUUCCUCUACAAGGUUGUCGAGCCAACACCACGGUCACUCGAUGUACCGAAGCAGGCGUCUAUGCCCCGGCCUUUGUCACAGCGGUCAUUCAGGCCCUCCAGCUUUUGGUGGUGGGGGGGGGUCGGUCUCGAGAAGGACCACAACCUGGCCUACGGCAAGCAGGAGGCCUUGUUGGCAGCAAAGGAGGACGAAGAGGGGAGGUGGUCCCAGGGGACCCAUCGAGCAACAGUGGGAGCAGUGGCAGCGAUGACGAAGAGGAAGGAGAAGAUGAGGGACAGUUUGAGGAUGAUGAGCAAUAUGAAGAAGAGGAGGAGUCGUCAGGUGUUGGUGACAAUCUUGAGCCCUACGAGAGUGAGGAGCAAGGUGAGGGGAAUGGGAUGCAAGGUGGCCGCCGUGCUGGAGGGGGUGAACCUGACGGCGAUGGGCCCGAGCAUUCAGAUCCCAGUGAGGAGAGCAGUGAUGAGGAGAUGCCCGAGGAGUCAUCUACUCCUACGAGUGUGGCAGAUUCACCACCUGAUGGGGAAUCUCCGACUGAGUCAGGUGAUGACCCGCCGCCGGAGUUGGCGAUGAAACAUGGUGAUGAAUGCUUUUACAAUGAGGAGACGGGCCUGUUGUGGAUCUGGCAUAAGGUGCCUAGGAGACGGUUGGUGAUGCCGGGAGGUGAGCGAUGCCCAUUUCCAUUGGACUACUUUCAACCUGCUCGAUGGACCCGAUGUGAGUCGACGGAUGAUGAGAACCCGCUGGAGGUUGUGGAGAUUCAGGAUCUAUGGGCCAUGCAGGAGGACCAAAUCGGGCCGUACCGCAGCUGGGUAGGGUGGACGGUCUUCCAGGUGGUCGGUUACCCACGCCCUGAAGGGUACCCUUGGGAUUUGCCAGGGAACCGAGAAGGCCCGCAGAACCCCCCAGGGAGUCCACGUCAAACUGGUCGGGAGGCUGGAGGAAGCCAAGGAGAAGGACCAGGUGUUGGAGCUUAUCGACUUCAUGCUGGACAAGGUCAAAGCGGAAGUGGUGGACAUCAACUUCAUGCGGCAGCGCUGGCCUACAUUGCGGAGAUUGACGCCAUUGAGGACCAGGAGGUGAACACUUGGAGAAGGGUGUGCACGGCUGGGAAUGCGCUACUGGAGGCAGGAGGCUCAGUGCAACGAGCAGCAGAGGCCUUGUGGGCGGCGCGAGAGGAGCUGGGAAGACACAACCUACAAGGUGUAGAGGAGAAGGACCUCGACGGUUUAUUGCACCCAGACCACCUGGCGUACAUGAGGGAGAUCCGGCGGGAAGGAAUGCCUGCCAGGUACGUGGGAGAGAGGACGAGAGUGAGGGCAGAACCCCAUCCCAGAGCACGGGCGAACUUGCCGCAGGUUUUCAGGCAGUUGAUGAAGGAUGUGGCAAAACAUCGGAUCUUGGUGGUGGAUUCGAAACACCCUGGUUUACGGCAUACGGCAGCAUCGCCGUUUGAGGCCGUCCCCAAGAUGCUGCCGAAUCGAGCGUUGUCCUCGGAGGUGAGGCUGGUGCAUGACCAGCGUGGGAUCAAUGGGGGUACGUCCAAGGAUCUACAUCCGCCUGCUGUACAACCCACACAUCAACAGGUGGUGAGGAGGAUUCUGUUUUGGAAGGGACGGUACCCGAAGAUACCCAUUGUGCUCGCGAAGAAGGAUGUGGCUGGAGCAUUCAGACUAUUGUGGCUGGACCCCAAGGAUGUGGAGCUCUUCGCGGGCGAGGUACCGUGGAAGGUGGAGGCCAUGGGCUCUGGAGAAGGUGAACAGGAGAAGGGAGACCCCGGGUCUAUGACCAUGCUCUUUCUCGUCAGCAGCUUUGGUUUCUCCGGAUCCCCGGGGGAGUGGAACAUCUGGGGCAGAGCUACGGAGGAGGUGCACCGAUGCUACAAGCCGGCCAAGGAACGCCGGGAUGGAGCGCUGCAUUUUGAUGGAAAGAUCCUGGUGGACGACAUGGUUUUGGUGGAGCCUUGCGUGGGAUUGCGGCCGUGGGUGUCAAGCGAGGUGUACGAGGCGGCGGUGAUCAAACUCUUGGGUCAAGGCGCCAUCAACGCGGCCAAGGAUGCAGAGGAGGGCUACUUUGCAGCGGAGCAGACGGUUUGGGGAGUCACCAUCAACGCCCAAACGGGACGGAUGUCGUUGCCAGAGGCCAGAAUACUCAAGGGUGCCUACUUGCUUGCGGAGCCUGCCUUCAACUAUGGAGAGCGCAGCCUGACUCUGAAGGAGCUGCAACGGUUCCGAGGCAUUGUCAAUGGAUGGACGACAAUUGUGGUGGGCCUCAAGAACGAGCUCAAGGCGGUCGACCGGUUCCUGGGUGGAAUUGAUGGAGGGGCCCAGGUGAGCCCAUCGGGUUGCGACGGGAAGGUGAGCGAGGAGGACACCGCUUGGGAAGACCUAUGGGUCUUAUUUGAGGAGUGCAGGUGGCUGUGUUCGCGGUCUGAGACCUGGGCUGAAAAAUUUGGAGGAGACAUCAAGGAGGUCCUGCCGACCAUGGAGAGGCUGGCAAUUCCAGGGGAGUUGAAGGCAGCGGCAGUGUUUGUGUCGUCGGAUGCCACGCCUGGGAUGAUCGCAGCGAUCGAUUGGACGAAUGGGCUGGCCUGUCGCGAGAGCGUGGAACGACUUCGACCAUGGAUUAGCAGGGUGCUCCAAGAGGAUCAGGUGGACGAAGAAGGAAGCUUGGCUAUUCACCUUGGAGAGAUGUUAUCCUUCGUGGCGUUUGCUUGCAAGGUGGGGGCAUCAUGGACUGGACGAGUGGUGGUCUAUGGGGGCGACAACAAGGUGGUCUACCAUUGGAUCGCAAACCGAAAGAGUGGAGUGCGCUCGGGACGGCUCCUCAUCAGAGUCCUGAAUUUGGUCGAGAUGAGAUUCCGGUGCCAGAUCGUGGGUGGAUGGUGGCGCACUUAUCACAAUGAGGAUGCGGACGCCCUGACCCGGUUGGAGGAUGCUGAGGCGGAGGAGCUUGCACGGAGGAGAGGAUGGACGAUGGUGGAUGUGCGAGAGAGCAUUCAACAGGCGUUGGAGGACACAGCCAGAUUUGGGGCGUGUUUUCUAUCGUGGGCUCAGGAAGAGGAUCGUCAUGAAAUGAUGAGGUUGCGAGAGCUGCGGAUCUUCAGGGCCAUCCAUCGACAGCCGAGCUCGGUGAGCCAGUUGGAGAUACAUGAGUGGACCUCACGGCCGCGUGUGGUGAAGGACUUCCAGCACUUCAACGAUCCCACCGGCGAGAAGACCGUCAAGGUGAUUGCAGCUACCAUUGGUCCUGACCCGAGAGGGAAGACCAUUGGAAAAUUUUGGGACUAUUUGGUCGCCGAGGAGUUCGGAGGAGCGGUGAUUGAAGGCCCCAGAGAUGUUGACUGGGAGAAAUGUGAGAGCCUGGCGAAGAAGCAUGGGUGGCGCACCAACAGGGCGGAGUUCUUGACAUCCGAGUUGGGUGAAGCACUGGUGAGGAGAAGGAUUGCGGUCUUCGUGCACCAGUGCGCAAUCGAGGACGCUGAGGUCGAGAAGCUGCUGGUGAAGGAGGUGAACCCCCCAACGCUGGGCACAAUUUUGCAGAAAGCAUCAGGUGAGACUGGAAACCCUUUUCCAAGUGGGAGCCAGCGAUGA